AUGCCUUUCAAGCCCUUCGCACACCUCGCCAGAGUUAGUUUUGCAAAGGGAAUCGCCCAUACUUACGCCCCUUCUUUCGUCGCUGCUGGACAGUCCCUAGGUCAAUUUCAGAAUUACCCCGUUGCCAAAUUCUCAAAGACCGCCCAAUUACAACAAACCUUUUCUGGUCCGGCCGGGUCGAACGCUGGAGCAAAGGCUGGUCAUGGUUCACAAGCAGGUGGAAAUGAUGCUGGUUUAGCUCAAUACUAUGCCGCGUGGCAACAUGCACAACAAACGGGGGAUGACACAGAUUGGAAAGAACAUGAGUCUGCCCGGAGGAUAGGAUGGAAACAUCAGGAGAGAGUCAACUCUGCAAAGACCGGUGUACGUCUUGAUUCCUCUAGACCCCUCGAUGCUCUCCGAUCCACUGCCCGCCUUCCAGUUUCACGCGAGGGUAGUGACCGACUUGUACCUCAAGUCGAAUAUCCAGAUCACCCCUUGGCGGAAGCCGAGGCUCUGGGCAAUGUCGACGAGGCAAUCGCAAAGGAGAUUCACGAUGUAAAUGCAUCGCACCAGGUCGACGAUAUCACCUCUCGAGAAACCGAGCUAGGUACUCCCGUCGCCAGCACAAGAGCCCCGACCCCAGCUCUCCAAGAGUCAACCGCCACUGAUCUUGACUCGUCGGCAUAUUCUCAAGAGCAGACGACACCACCAACAGAUGUCACAUCUCUCGCUUCGGAUGAGUCCAUUCUCUCUGAACAUAUUGUUCAACUAGGACAGCAACAGCGAUACGCAGAAAUCCCCGCCGUCUUCGAAGCCAUCAUCAAAGACGGUCAAGUCCCCAGCAUUGACGCGUACAACCACAUAUUGUUGUCAGCCAUCAAUUUGACCAAUGCUUAUCAGCCAUGGCCAAAGGCCCUUGAGGUCUAUGGUGACAUGACCAGACGUGCUGUCGAACUCAAUGCCACAACAUACAUUAUUCUCCUCCGUUUCUUGGCUGCAAGAAGCCUUGAAGUACAUCAAGUUCAAAAGGCUCUUGGUCGAAGUGCUGCCCGGUACGGGACCGAUGGUGCACUGGUCCUGCCUUCGGCUACCAGCCAGCAGCAGCUGUAUGCUGCCGACACCUCCCUCACCUUUGCCACAAAGCUGUACAAUAUUGCUCGAGCUACACUGCAAGAUUUCCGGCCAUCAGCCUCGCUUUAUAAUGCUCUUGUCAAGAUAUCUGCGCAAAGUGGCUUUGUCGAUCACAUGAACGUCCUGCUCGCUGACAUGAGGUCUUACGGAAUUCCCCUGGAUGCUCGCCUUUACACUGUCGUCAUUGACGCCCAAGCAUCCAAGCAGGAUAUCCACGCAGCCCAGAGUCUAUACGAGGAGUAUCGUGAUCGUGCCAUCAGCCGCUCUGCAAAUGAUCCACUUGAUAUGCAGGUCUAUACUGCUCUUAUCAAGGCUUACUACAACACUGGGCUGGCCGAGACUGGACUACGCUUUUACGAAAGAAUCUUGCACUCAUUCAACGAAUCUGCCAACGAGCAUGAUCUCUCGGAGCAAUUGACAACAACUUUUAUCUUGAAUGGUCUUGUUCAGCACCAUGUUGAGAACAAGGCUUUCUCAACCGCCAUUUCCAGCAUUAACGACUUUGCUCUUCAGCCUGUUGCCCGUGACCAAGCCCUGUCAAUGGUCUGCGUUUCCGCUGCCGACGCCAAUCAUGAGACAGAUGCCUUAGUCGCCUUCGAGGCUAUCGCCUCCGACAACAUCAAAGCAGAACCUGUCAUGGCCAUUGCAGCCAUGCACAUACGUGCUGGUGACGUGACCAAGGCCAAAACCAUCUGGAACAACGCACGAGGCCUUCUCUUGACUCCCACUACUGACUUUGCCGCAAUGUACGCAUUGUCACUGGUUCGCAGUGGCUCGAUCGAAGAGGGUAUCACAGAAGCUCGGGAUAUGUUUCAACGAAUCCGUGCAUCGAGCUCCUCUGAAGCCAGUCGUCAACUCGCCAUAGCGGAAAUCGAUGAAACUAUUGUUCUCUUUGGCGAUGCUCUAUCCAAGCAACAGGCUGUGGUUUCGGCAUCAACCAGUGUCUCGAUGUUGAGAGCAAUGAUCGAGAAUGGUGGUCUAGUAUCACCCGUCGCUCAACAUGCUAUCGCUAGCCUUGGUCCUGAGUGUGUUCAUCAACUCAGUGCUCAAGAUAUUGCCUUAGCCCUUCACGUUCAGGCGGAGAUGUUUAUGUCCGACAAUUCUACGGACAUCGCCCAUCCCGCUCGAUUCUCUCACUUGUUGGAGACUGUUCUCAACCGCGGCAUUCUUAUGGAUCCGUCAACGGUUCAUGUCGUCAGCGAAUGUAUCUCCAAGGUGACUUCAUCACGACCAGAUCUCGCUCAACGCUGGCAAGAACUAUUGCAUCCCAGUCUUCCAGCCCCUAUCAAUGCUCAGCCUCAUUCACCAUUGACACCUCAAUCAGUUACCGUCGAAAACAUUGCUCCUGUUGAUUCGUAUGAUCCCUAUGCUCAUACAACCGAUUACCGUGCAUCAAAGGCCAUUUCAGAUCUUGUUGAAAGCACUAGCGGACGCAUUGAGAACCAUCUCAGCGAUGCAUUAAGCCGUUUGAGAAAUGUUCGUCGUGCUGGUAGGCAUCUUCAUUACUCGGCUUAUGCUAAACUCAUCACUGGUGCUGGAAAGGCUAAGCAAGCCAAUCUUGCCCAAGAGAUUCUCAGCAUGGCCCAUUCUGAUGUACCUAUGGCGUUGCAAAUUCCUGCCGUCAGAGCUGGUUGGAUUUCCAUCUUUGAUUCGAUGAUUGCUGCUUGCCUCACCGUUGGUGAACGUGGCCAGGCGAAUAAAUUCCACCAAGAUCUCCUCGAAAUGGGAGCCGCACCAUCAGCUAACACGUUCGGUAUUUAUAUCACUACACUCGAAGGAACCUUUGAUGAGGCUACUGAAGCUGUCAAGAUCUUUCAACGUGCCUUGGCUGAGGGAGUUACACCCAGUGUGUUUUUGUACAACGCAGUCAUUGGCAAGCUUGGCAAGGCCCGCCGCAUCGACGAUUGUCUGCGAUAUUUCGGAGACAUGGAAGGUCGCGGCAUUCGUCCGUCCUCUGUUACCUAUGGUACCCUCGUUAAUGCUCUCUGCCGAACCAGUGAAGAACGCUUCGCCGUGGAUAUGUUCGACGAGAUGGAGGCAGCACCCAAUUAUCGACCUCGACCAGCCCCCUACAACUCUAUUAUUCAGUACUUCUUGAAUACUAAGCGCGAUCGAAGCAAGGUCUUGGAGUAUUAUGAACGCAUGAAGUCCAAGAACAUCAAACCAACAUCACACACAUACAAACUACUGAUUGAAGCUUACGCCUCGCUCGAACCUGUCAACCUCGAAGCAGCCGAAGCUCUCCUCUCAGAAAUGAAGCAAGCUGGUGUUCAGCCUGAAGCAGUUCACUAUGGCUCCUUGAUCCAUGCCAAGGGCUGUGUUAUGCAUGACAUGCCUGCUGCUCGUGCCGUUUUCGAGUCUGUUGUCAAUGGAGCCAUGAUUCGUCCAACUGAUACCUUGUACCAGAAUCUCCUCGAGGCAAUGGUUGCUAACCACGAGGUAACCAAUACUACCGAGGUUGUUGCUGACAUGCAACGACGUGGCAUCUCGAUGACGCCAUAUAUUGCGAACACUCUCAUUCAUGGUUGGGCAGGUGAAGGAGAUGUGUUCAAAGCAAAGGCAAUCUACGACACACUUGGUUCGGCCAAACGUGAACCAAGCACGUACGAGGCAAUGACCAGGGCCUUCCUAGCUGCAGAGGACCGGCCAAGUGCCAAUUUAAUUGUGCACGAAAUGCUGCACAAAGGAUAUCCCGGUGCUGUUACUGAGAAAGUGCUCGCCCUUGUGGGUGGCAUCACAGCUUAA